AUGGUUACUACAAAACCAUUUGCUGACAUCAGUAAACAUAGUGAAUUCGCUGAUGAAUCAGAAGUACUUUUUAUGAUUGGUUCUAUAUUUCGUCUUAAUAGUAUUAAUCAUAAUGAUGCGGAUAAAAUGUGGAUCAUUCGAAUGACUUUAUGUAGUGAUGAUGAACAUAAUUUAAAACAAGUUCUUAUCCAUAUGAGACAACAAAUUGGAGGCGGAGAAACAAAUCUUCAAACAUUAGGAAAGGUAUUAUGGAAAAUGGGUAAACUUGAUUUAGCUGAAAAAUAUUUUAAUCGUUUAUUGAAAGAACUCUCACCAAAUGAUCCUUUACUUAGCAGUUUAUAUGAAGAUCUUGGUGAACUUGCAUCACAGGCGGGCAACUAUGAUAUGAGUGUUCAAUGGCAUCAAAAAUUACUCGCCAUCAAAAUACCAUUACGUGCAAGUUCGGUUAAUAUUCCUCUGAAUGCAAAAUGGGCCCGGAAUGGUAUCACUGUGGCUGGAGAAAAUGCAAGAUGGGCUCAGAUUGGUAUCACUGUGGCUGGAGGAAAUGGAAAAGACAAUGGACAAGGCAAUGGAUUAAAUCAACUCAAUCGCCCAUGUGGUUUAUAUGUCGAUGAUGAUCAAACAAUUUAUAUCGCUGAUUGGGGAAAUCACCGUAUAGUGGAAUGGAAGAAUGGGGCAACGAGUGGCCAAGUAGUUGCCGGUGGAACUGGGUGGAAAUUCUGGGCUACACUGUUGAAAAAUCCAUGUGAUGUGAUUGUCGAUAAAGAGCGAGAUAGUCUCAUCAUCUCCGAUAAUGGGAAUAACAGAGUAGUUCGAUGGCCUCGUCGAAAUGGUACUAGUGGAGAAACAAUAAUCUCAAACAUCGAUUGCAUCGAUUUGACAAUGGACGAGAAUGGAUCUCUCUAUGUUGUGGACUAUGGGAAACAUGAAGUGAGAAGAUAUAGAAUUGGUGAAACUGAAGGAAUAGUGGUUGCAGGUGGUCAUGGACCAGGAAAUCGUCUCGAUCAACUCAAUAGCCCCCAAUACGUAUUUGUCGAUCGAGAUCAUUCAGUAUACGUGUCUGAUUGGGGAAAUAAUCGUGUGAUGAAAUGGAUGGAAGAUGCAAAACAAGGCAUUGUCGUGGCUGGUGGUCAAGAGCCAGGAAAUAGUCUUACACAAUUGAAUCGUCCUCGAGGAGUUGUAGUUGAUCAAUUGGGCACUGUCUAUGUGGUUGAUCAUGAGAGUCAUCGAAUCAUGCGUUGGCCAAAAGGAGCCAAACAGGGAAGUGUGAUUGCUGGUGGAAAUGGUUAUGGAGGACAGUCGAAUCAAUUAUCUCUCCCCAUAGGUUUAUCAUUCGAUCGACAGGGCAAUCUCUAUGUCGCCGACGAGUACAAUCAUCGAGUACAAAAAUUUACUAUUGAGGUACCAUUACGUGCAAGUUCGGUUGAUAUUCAUCCGAAUGCAAAAUGGGCUAAGAAUGGUCUUAUUGUAGCUGGAGGAAAUGGAGAAGGCAAUGGAUUAAAUCAACUGAAUUACUCAUACGGUUUAUAUGUCGAUGAUGAUCAAACUAUUUAUGUCGCUGAUACGUGGAAUCAUCGCAUUGUGGAAUGGAAAUAUGGUGCGACGAGUGGCCAAGUUGUUGCGGUUGCCGGGGAUUUUACAGAAGCAAUAAGAUGA